GACACACAAAAAGGGAAAAAUCACUCUCUCUCUUUUAGGAUUUCAAUUCUUGGAGAGAGGAGCAGAAUCAAAAGAAUUUCAGAGAGGGCUCCAUGGAUGAAGAUAACCGCGUAAAUGCAACCCCUUCUGGUCAAAAGGCGCCACCGAACACCGCCUCUCAUCUCCAGGAAGGAAUCGCAUUGCUUCUUUCUCGAUGGAACGGCCUUCAAAUGGCCAUUGAGAACCAGUGGGGCGGCCAUGAUUCCCUCCAGAAAUCUCAGCAACUAGCCUCCGAUAUCUUCUCUUGGUUCACUCAAUCCAAAGCAAAACUUCAUGUAGAAGAUCUGGAAAAUUUGCUUCAUGAAAACAUGUUACUCUCUUUCAAUACAGAGAUCGAAGACGGAAGCAUCGAAGAGAUAGCAGAGCAAUUGAUGGUUUUGCAUGAAGAAUUCUUGCAUGGAAAUCAUUAGACAGAAGAAAAUGAGAAUAGUCUGCCUUGGAUUGUUUUAAUGAAGUGAGGGUAAUGGAAUGGGACUAGUUCUGCUGUUUUGGUCGUUAUUGGAGGAGAUGAUGACAUUUGAGAUUCUUAAAAUCUUUUGAAAUGGUUCUUUUCAUCCAUCAAACCUUGUUUCUUUGUCAUUUUCAUCCUUCAAAUACAAAUAAGUAUUGGGU